AACACUUAGUCUGUCAGUUUUCUUUAAUCUAUAACAUAAACAGAUCGUUGGAUUGUGCGCUGUGCGGCUGUCUUAUUUUGUAAUAAUAUUGAAUGUCGCUAUUUCACUUUACAGAUAUAUUGUAAUUGACAUUACAAUUGUUUGUAAACGAUAUCUAUAAUCAAUAUUUAUAUGAUUAUAUGUACUUAUUACAAAUAAAUUGUACGAAUGUGUAAUCAUACAAAGAACUUAAAAUUUAAAAAUAAAUGAGUUGAUUUCUUAAAUUGACGAUUCAAUUAAACGCCCGAAUAGAUUGAAACGCGUCUUUCGGGAUAAGUACAAAAGAGUUAAAAUAUCGUUAUUUGAAGAAAAAAGGUUUGAAGCUAGUGCGGCAUACAUAAUAAACCAAACUUAAAUAUGUGGGACAAAAUUGUUUACAUUUUCAUCAUAACAGUGGCUACGUAUAUUUUGAAACAGCUUUUUUCCGAAACUCCUAAUAAUGUCAAGUUUCAGUCCAAAUUUCUCGUGUUUUACAUUUGGACAUCUAUUAUAGCUUUGUUACUGUUGCCAUUUUUCGUAUUCAACCCAAAAAAUGUUAAGAAUUCAUUGUUUGGGGUUCAAAUAAUUAAACAUGUGACAAAACUUAUAGAAGUUAAAUGGCAUUUAAGGAAUGGUAAAGUCCUCGUUGAAGAUAGAGGAGCUGUGAUCGUAUCAAACCAUCAAUCUUCUCUCGAUAUUUUGGGCUUGUUCAACAUAUGGCAUGUUGCGGUUAAAAUUGCAGCGGUUGCAAGAAAGGAGUUAUUUUAUGUUAUGCCGUUCGGUUUAUCUGCAUAUCUAGCAGGUGUCGUUUUUAUCGAUAGAAAUAAUUCGAAAGAUGCUUACAGGACUCUAAAGGCCACCUCAGAAGUUAUGAUCAAAAAUAAGACAAAACUCUGGCUAUUUCCUGAAGGAACCAGGAACAAAGAUUUCACAAAACUACUGCCCUUCAAGAAAGGCGCCUUUAACAUCGCCGUGGCCGCUCAAGUACCCAUCAUCCCAGUUGUGAUCUCACCGUACUAUUUUAUUAAUAGUAAAAAAUAUAUAUUUAACAAAGGUCACGCAAUAAUACAGUGUCUAGAGCCGGUGCCGACAGAAGGUUUGACAAUGGAAGACGUGCCCGAACUUAAGGAUCGCGUUCAAGAGAUCAUGGAGCGCGCUUACAAGGAAUUGUCGAAGGAAGUCUUGAGCGCUUUGCCACCUAACUACCCACUAGCUACUCAGGACUGAAUGAGACGGUAUUAAGAUUCGCUACUUAUGUCUAAUAAUAACCAGUAAUAACCAGUCAAAACUAGUUUGAAAUAAUCCAGUAGUUCAUGAUUAUAAAUAUCAGAGAAAUGCUAUUUAUAUAGAUUUCAUAGUACACGCGUUUGU